GCGCUGUCAGAAGGUGACCUGUUUACCACGUUGAUGACUGGUUACAACAAGGACAGUCGGCCAGUGCGGAACCAUUCAAAACCUAUCACAGUCUCUUUGGACAUUACUUUGGCACAGAUCAUUAAAGUGGAUGUCAAAGAGCAGGUUUUGACCACUAAUUUGUGGCUUCGAAAACGAUGGAGGGAUGAAUUCCUGACUUGGAAUUCCUCGGAAUAUGGAAAUAUCAAAACUGCCAUCUUCAAGAGCGACCUCAUAUGGCGUCCUGAUGUUGUCCUCUACAACAGGAUUCACGAAGAGGGUUGGUCAGAAACUCCGGACACCAAUGCUCGCGUCAGCAGCACAGGUGACGUCACAUGGGGGCACCCGGCCACCAUCCUGAGUUCUUGCGUCAUGGACAUCUCACACUUCCCUUACGACGUACAGAGAUGUCCUAUGAAGUUCGGCUCUUGGACGUACAACGGUCGUCAACUGAACCUGGUCAAUUACACAACCAAGGGGGACACUGACAACUUCGUCAGGAAUGGGGAGUGGACGCUGAUAUCGUUCGGGUUAGAAAGAAACGAAGUGGUUUACAGUAGUGGGACGUACCCGGACGUCACCUACAUGAUUGUCAUUCGUAGGAGGAGUCUCUACUACACCUACUACGUCAUCGCGCCCGGAGUGUUGCUGAGCCUCUUGGCUCUCUUGGGGUUUCUGCUGCCACCGGAUUCCGGGGAAAAACUGUCUCUCAGCAUCACUCUGCUGUUGGCGUUGAUGGUGUUCAUGCAACUGGUGACGGAAAGGUUGCCGCCACUUUCAACAAGCAUUCCGGCUAUAGGGACUUUCUUCGGAGCUAUCAUCCUCCUGGUGACCUUCUCAUCGGGUUUGACCAUCUUCAUCUUGUCUGUGCACUUCCGCGGCCCCCACAUCCGCCCCGUACCGACCUGGCUCCGCAAAAUCUUCUUCCUCGGCCCCCCAAGAGUGAGGACGACCGUCAUCAAGUACGUGAAACAACCUGAGUCCUCGGGGGGAGCAGAGUCUACUACCCAGGGUAGCGACAACCAACGCUCCGCUUUGGGUAGAAUCAACAAAGUCAUCAGCCAGUUCAGGGAGGACGAAGAGGUGAAGAGUUACAAGCGAGGUUUGGAAAAGGAGUGGAAGAUACUAGCCUAUAGGAUGGAUCGAUGCCUGUUUGUUGGUUUUUUAAUUGCGUUGAUGAUUGCAAUUGGGGUAACAAUUGGGACGGCCUAGAAACUGGGACAAUGGUGGGGUCGCGCCGGGGGCAUAACGACAGCGCGUUCGGUUGGGAACCAAGAGGUCGCGAGUUCGAAUCCUGUCAUGCC